ACUUCAGCUUCUGGACCUGCAUCUGGUUCAGCAGUGCAUAUUUUUGCUCCGCUUCCCAUUCUUGUUGCCUCUCCAUGUGUGGUGAGUGUCCCAUUAAUCAGCUUUGCUGGAGAUGCUGAGGGCUGGAUUUUGAGAAAGCAUCUGAAGUCCUUUGUCACAAAGGGUGGGGAGGUCUGCAGACAACCCAACAGCACCUCCCCUUCACCUCCAAUUGACUAUGGAAGGGGCUGCUAUAUAUGCCUAGCCGGCUUUUCCCCUUUCUUCUGGGUUGGAAGAACCUGACAAAAGAAACACUGUGAUUUCCCCCCCCUCUCCUUCACCAUGUCAUGUGGCAGGAACUAAGAGGAACCGAGGAGUCAAGUGCCUAAGCUGCCAAACAAACCUCCUUCAGGAUGGAGAAUAAAGCCAUGUAUCUGCACACUUUGGGUGAAAGAGAGAAUGGAUCCAUCCUUGAAGAGCCAUUUGAUGGAAAGAACCUCUCAAAGCUGAACCUCUGUGAUGAUGGUCCAGGCAGCAAGAAGAAAGCUUCAGGACCCUGUGGCCAUCUAGGAUCCUUGACUGCUCUCAAAUAUGCUGUGGUUGGUCUCUACUUGCUGGUGUUCCUGAUCUUUGUGGGACUUUUUAUCCUAGCAGUUUCUAGACCACAGAGAUCUCCUGAAGACCUGAAAAUGCUAAUGGGAAAUGUGAAUCAGUUAAAUGAAAGUUUUCAGAAUCUUCAGUUGAAAACAGGGAAGCAGUUACCCUUCAAAGGAGACAUCCUGGACCAAAUUUGGAGCCUGCAGGACAUGCUUCAGAAUCAUUCUGACUCUCUACUAAUAUUGAGCAGCUCACUUCAGAAGUUGGAAGGGGCACUCAGGAGCCUGCAGACCCAGGCAACUCAGGCAGAUCAAGUCCUUUCUGGCCUACGGGAUAGCCUGAGCCAGCAAAAUGACAUGGCACAAAUGGAAAUCUACAAGCUUGCUGUAGAGGGAAAUAGUAGCAGUUUGCUUUUGAGGCACCAUGAGGACUUACUCUCUAAACUGGCAUCUCAAGUGGAGAGCUUGAAUGACCAACUGACAGAGGUAGGUGGGCAUGUGGGUAGCAUGAACCGGACUCUGUCUUAUGAUGUGGGAAUCCACCACACCCGUAUCCAGGACCUGCAAGUCCUUAUCAGCAAUGCCUCAGAAGAUGCUCGGCAGAUGCGCUUUGUCCACAUCGCCAUGGAACAGCAGCUCAAACAUGAGCUGGCCAUUCUGAACAACGUGACCGAGGACCUGAGGCUCAAGGAUUGGGAGCACUCCGUUGCCUUGAGGGAUAUCUCAGUGAUACGAGGGCCACCAGGACCAAAAGGAGAUCAAGGCAAUGAAGGAAUGGAAGGUGAACCUGGCCGACCUGGUACGCCUGGACUGCAAGGGUAUCCUGGUGAAAGAGGACAACGAGGGCCAAAAGGGGACAAAGGAGAUAUUGGCCAACGUGGGCUACUUGGCCUCCGGGGAAUGACAGGUGAGCGGGGCCUAAAGGGAGAAAAAGGCGAGAAGGGAGACCAAGCUGGAGAAACAGCUCUUACUGUGGAAGAGGGUAUUAUCCGCUUGAUGAAUGGCUCUGGUCCUCAUGAAGGACGAGUGGAAGUCUUUCACGAUCGACACUGGGGAACUGUGUGUGACGAUGGAUGGGACAAGAAAGAUGGGGAUGUGGUGUGUCGGAUGCUGGGUUUCCGAGGCGUUGAAGAGAUUUACAGAAUGGCCGUAUUUGGACAAGGGAAAGGACGGAUUUGGAUGGAUGAUGUGGCCUGCAAGGGAACGGAAGAUAGUCUUCUCCAAUGUAGCUUUUCCAGCUGGGGAAAAACAAACUGCGGGCAUGCUGAAGAUGCUGGAGUGAAGUGCUUGAGGCAGUAAUAGGACAAAUUUGACAACCAACGAGUGAACAAAGGACUUACUGGAGAAGAAAUUAUGAGACUUCAGAAGUUGCUAGCAGAUACUGUGCUUUCUUAUUGCCAAUGCUAUCAAAAAGGAACAGCUAAACUUCUGCCUUUGUAUGUCUCAGGAGCUACAGUAGAAACUACUGUAAUUUUUCUAUCCAGCCUGUAACGCUACCGGGGGAGGCGCCAUUUCAUCCUUUUCCAACUUAUAUCCUCCAUCUUUCCUAACGUAUACAACAAAGUUACAGGAAGCCAAGCCACUUAAGCCUUCCAUUCGUUACAUAGAAUUUGAAUAGCAAAGGUUGCCGAACGUAUUAUUGCAAGCUAUGUGUGAUGCAGCCAUCAAACCAGCAGGACAGCUCCGUGGCUGAAGAUAUGCUAUACAGGAAGAAGCUGAGCAGCUACUGAUGUAAUAACCUGUUUGCUUAGCAAGCUGAUAUGAUUGUCGCAUUCUGAAUAAUAAAAAUAUUUGAGAUGUUCUGUA